AUACGCGCAUGCGUUCCGAAUUUUCGUGGUGCGCCUUAUUUUCAUCCAAAUGGCAACUUUCAUCGGGAAACUAAUUCGAGGACAGCCGGCCGCUUCAGCUCCUUCUGGUGCAGAUAUCGUUGAAAAGCUGUGCGAUCGAGUCCAGUCCUCAACAUUGUUAGAUGAUAGACGCGAUGCCGUAAGAGCUCUAAAAUCUUUAUCAAAGAAAUAUCAACUUGACGUUGGAACUCAAGCUAUGGACAUUCUAAUUAAUGUUUUGCAAAAUGAUUCAAAUGACACAGAAAUUAUAAGUUACGCAUUAGACACAUUAUGUAAUGUGAUGAGUAAUGAAAUAUUUGAAGAGGAUGUUGAAGGAGAUUUCUCUUCCGUCUCUAAUGAUCAGCUGGGAUCUCAAUUCAGUGAGAUGUUUGUAAAAAAUGCAGACAAUAUUACACUUCUUUUAAAGAUACUAGAUGAAUACGAUUUUCACGUUCGAAGACCUUGUGUACGAUUAAUAACACUAUUAUUAGAACAUAGAGGCAAGGAAUUACAGGAAGUAAUUCUUGUUGCCCCAAUGGGAGUUUCAAAACUAAUGGAUAUUCUGUCAGAUUCCAGAGAAGGUCUUCUUUUGUUGGGUCAAUUAACAAAGGGAAAUGCUAACAUUCAAAAAAUAGUUGCAUUCGAAAAUGCUUUCGAGAGACUUUUGGAUAUUAUUCUAGAGGAAGGAUUUAGUGAUGGUGGAAUAGUUGUUGAGGACUGUCUUCUACUCUUGAUCAAUUUACUUCAGAAUAAUCCAUCUAAUCAGACAUUUUUCCAAGAGGGUAGCUAUAUAAAGCGUCUGCCCGCUUUUUUCGAUAUCGAAAAUGUUGAUAAUGACCGUGGCUGGUCAGCUCAAAAAGUAACAAACGUUCUACUUAUGCUUCAACUAGUUCGAUCGUUGGUCACCCCACGAACGGUUCAAGCCCAAUUAAACUCUUGUCAAAAGGCUAUGAAUCAGUGCGGACUUUUGGAUAAACUUUGUAAGAUUCUUAUGGCUAGUGGUAUACCAGCUGAAAUUCUCACAGAAACUAUUAAAACUGUGGCUGAAGCUAUCAGAGGAAAUAAAGCGAACCAGGAGAUGUUUGCCACUGUAUCAGCACCUUGUGAACCACCAAGACCUGCAAUUGUUAUGCUACUAAUGUCAAUGGUUAAUGAAAAGCAACCCUUUUCACUUCGAUGCGCCGUUCUUUACUGCUUUCAAUGUUUUUUGAACAAAAACGAAAUAGGACAAUCUCAAAUAGUGGCUACACUUUUGCCUAGCUCUGCAGAUGCUAGUUCUAUAACUGCUGGCCAGUUGUUAUGUGGUGGUCUAUUUAGUGCCGAACAACUUUCGACUUGGUUAGCAGCUGUUGCACUGUUGCAUUCAAUUGCAGAUAAUACACAACAAAAGGAACAAAUGCUUAGGGUCCAAUUAGCAACAAGUCUUGGCAAUCCACCAGUUUCUUUAAUGCAGCAGUGCUGCGUUAUCCUUACACAGAACUGUGGAAUUCAAACAAAAGCUGGAUUGCUCAUGAUGCUAGCACACUGGUUAACUGAUUGUCCAAUAGCAGUUACACAUUUCCUAAACAUUUCUAACACUGUUUCUUUCCUAAUUUCUCAAAUAUCUGCUUCAGAGGGUGAUGAAUAUGAAACAAUUAUUCAAGGUCUGUGUGCUUUUCUUUUGGGUACUUGUUUGCUUUAUAACAGUGACAAUGUUGACGGAGCAAACAAACAUCAAAUUUUACAAUUGAUUGAGCGUAGAAUUGGAGUGGAGCCAUUUUCAGAAAAAUUGACAGCCCUCUGCAAGACUGAGACAUAUUCUAGAACGGCUAAAAAGCAAGAAAUAUCAUAUCGUUCAUCGGAUGAAGCAAUGUUUGACUACGAAUUUACAAGAUUAUAUAGACGUCUCGAAAAUGAAAUUUUGCGGAAUUUAAGCGGAGGUUCAUUGAUGGAUAAUGAUUUCGCUCGCCAGUCAGCUUCAGAGGAGCGUAUUAAAAACUUAUCUAAAGAACUAGAUGACAAAAAGAAGGAAGAGGAAAGAUUAAGGAUAGAAAAUGAAAAUUUGUUAGGCAAAAUUCAAGAAUUAGCGGACCAAAACUCUUUAUUGAAAGCUUCAAAUGCCAGUUGUAAUACAAGCGAUCUAAAUUCUGAACUUGAAAAGUUAAAUUUAGCCUUAAAAGAGAAAGAUAAAAUUAUUCAGGAAAUGAAAUCGGAGCCGAAGGUUGAAGUAAAUGGUAAGCAUCCUGAGGCAGACGUUCUUGAAGAGAUACAAACUCUGAAAGCUCACUUAGAAACAAAUCGUGUUAUAUUGGAACAACGUGAGGAAGAAGUUCGUUUAUAUAAGGAAAAAUACGAAGCCCUCUCCAAAGAAGUUCCAGAAGUACAGACUACUGGUAAUGAUACAGAAUUGAAAAAGCGCCUAGAAGAAGUGGAAAAAGAACUCGUAGAAUCUAAGGAAGAGUUAGAAUCAAUUAGGAAAGAACAAGAAGAUCUAUUAGUUCUAUGUUCUGAUCAAGAUACUAGAUUGAAAGAUUAUAGGUCAAAGUUAAGAAGUCUCGGAGAACAAGUUGAGGAUGAUGAUGAUGAUGACGAAGACGAAGAAGAAGACUUUGAAAUGGAUUAA